AUGGACGCAUCCGAGGUGGUUGCUACCGCUCAACAGGCGGCUUUGUCUUCGGUAGAGCAGGCAGCAACUUCGGCUAGGUCCACAUCCAAAGGCAUGGCUGCUUCUCGUGGGAGACACGAAGCAACAGCAACAAUACGAAGCAGUUCUUCUGGAGCAAACGAUGCUUCCAGUUCAACGAAAGGCCGCCGUGUCAACGGGGCUUCCGUUCACGAUGAAGUCCUCGAUGUCGACCGCUCGACCAUUGACGAUGACGAAGAAGAGGGUGAAUACAUGCAGGAAGGAGAAGCCGGCGAAAUGAGCUUUGUCAUCGACACGGCGGGCGACAUGGACGUGGAUCGAGAAAUUGCUCUGGAGGACGAGGCGAAAGCCGAGAACGCAGAAACGCACGUCGAGGCUGGUCUUCUGCUCCCAACCCACGUCAACGUCAUCCCACAGAACAACGCCACCUCCGCUGCUGCUCAAACCAGUAGCAGCUCGUCCGGUGCAGCACCGGAUCUCACCAUCGAUCUCACAAAUCACGCUGAAGAUGACGACCUGGGAGGCGACAUGGGCGACUUCGAACAACUCGACAUGGACCCGUCCACUGCAAACCGAUACUACGGCGCCGAGGAGAAAGCUGAACGACGAGCGAAAGAGCAGUGUCUCGCGUGCGGCGAGCUCGGACAUGAUCGACGCCACUGUCCGCAUCAACACUGCUUGGCAUGUGGAGCGAUGGAUGACCACCCGACACGGUUCUGCCCAAUGUCGACGAGCUGUUUUCGCUGCGGUGGAAUGGGCCAUCAGACGCGCACCUGCCCCAAACCGAGACGAGGACCGAAGUCGGAAGAGUGCGAACGCUGUGGAUCCUACAGCCACGUCAAAGCGCUGUGCCCCACCCUGUGGCGCGUCUACACGUACCGUGACCUCAAAGACCUCGACCGACAUAGAGCAAAAGUGUUCCUCAAGCUGCAGAAUGGCUCAAUGGCGCGCGAUCCGAGGCGCGAUCUCGAGCCGGACCCCGCAGAGCUGUCUGAUUCGGAGGACGAGUUUGUCAGGGCUGGCGAGCCGGAGUUGCCCACGGGCUCACGAGCGGCGCAAUUCGACCCGGCGAUAAGAUGGUGUUACAACUGUUCGGGGUCGGGGAAUCAUUGGGGAGAUGAUUGUCCGGAACCGCGAUGUAAUCCUACGCGCGGCACGGGCGAGCCGUCGGCGUUCUCGGAGUUUGUAUCAAGGCUUGGGCCAUUUGGAAAGCUGCUGCCGGGCGCACCGCCGCUCGCCGGGUUCGAAAUGCCUUCGUCGCAAUUCACGUUCAGUGUGGGGAGCAGUGCGACGGUUCAUGUGGCUGGCGAUGCGGCAAGCAGUUCGUCCGGUCGCGCUGGACCCAAUGGGAAUGCGACAAGGAGGGGUCACUCGGGCCGCGAAUCGGGAGCGGGUUCCGGGUUUGCCAUUGGGCGGCAUUUCUUGUCGUCGCCAGGCGGGGGUCCGCAUCCCGGGCCUUCUCGCCCUCGCGCUGCCGAUGGGGAUGACAAGAUUGUCUCGUUCGACCGCACGAAAGCUAUCGCCUGCGAAGGUGGCGGGUACCUCACCCCGAGGGAGAAGAAGAAGGGUAGAAAGCCUUUGCCCGAACACCUCUUCCGGCAGUGGCUGCGCGAUAGGCUCGAUUACCCCGACCACGCCGACGCGAUCCGGAGCGCGUUCGAGAAGCGCGCGGACCUCGAAGCGAGAGGGCUGGUCACCAAGGGUGUCCCCAGUACAAGAGAAGUUGUAGGCCAGCGAAGGGGUAACAAGAGCAGCAGCAAGGACGGAGACGAGCGGCCAAGCAAGCGGCGCAGAGGCGAGGGCGCGACGGCGAGUGAUCCCGUUGUGCUUGACAGCGAUGAUGAUUUCAGGGAUGAUUUCAGUAGCGACGACGGGUCGGAUUCGGGCGGGGAUACUCGCGGGGCGGGUGCGAGGAAGAAGCGGAAGGGCGACGGCAAGAACAAUCGCCGCGAUAAGGGUGCGCACGGAGGAUGGGGUCACCACGGUGACGGCGGCGGCCGCGGCAACAAGGGUAGCAGUGGCAAGACGUUCAAAGGCGGCCGUUUCUCGAGCAAGCGCAAAGAGACCAAGGGGCAGGUGUAUGAGCCGAGUGGAGGUGCAAGCUCGGGCAAGAAGAGGAGCAGGCGUGGUGGUGGUGGCGGUGGCGGCAAUCACGGUGGAGGAGGAGGUGGUGGUGGCGGCGACAAGCCCAAACGCAGCGGCGGGGGAGGUGGCGGUGGAGGCGGUGGUGGGGGCGAAAAAGUUCGUGGAGGAGGAAGCAAGUACCGCGGGAGCUACUUUUGA